AUGGAGAAAUUCCUCAAUAUUCUCCUUUUGAUUUCAAUUGUUUACUCAAUUUUGCUUGUAGCUUUGGGCAAUGCACCCCUUAACUCCACUUAUAUUAUGGAAGCCAAAAAAAGAUUUAUGUCUAUUGAUCCAACUAAGCUUACCGAUCCUCCGAUGCCAUCACAUACUUUUACCAUUUAUAAUAGCGAUAUAUUUGAAAAAUCAAAGUUCAAGGAUUACGAUUCGUUACUUGAAAGUAGGAUCACUCAUUGUCAAGAUAGAGCAAAUUAUUUGGCAUUGAUUUCCGAAAAUGGCAAUGCAAUUGGUGCGAAUGAAACUCUGAUGAGGCCGCAUGAGAGCAGGGCUCGCGAAAAGGUUCCUAAAACGACAAGUACACAUUUCAUAAAUGGUGGGUAUGUUGUAUCUUUUACUCUUGGCACUCAGCAAAUUAAAAGUUACCUGCUAAUAGACACCGGAAGUGAUUUAGUUUGGUGGCAAUGUGGUCCAUGUAAGGCCAAAAGUUGUUAUGAGCAAAAAACUCCUUUAUAUGUUUCAACCAAUUCGAAAACAUAUCGAAAACUCGAUUGCGUUGUAAAAAUUGAAAGUUGUUUAAUCGAGUCCUCAAAAUAUGAAUGUACUCCGUUCGGUAAUCAGUGUCUCUAUGAUGUUAACUACGGAGAUGGAGCAAGAACAAAAGGUUGGAUAGCGGACGACGUGAUUACUUUUGUUUUGGACCAAAAUCCGGUAAGGAUUAUUUUUGGAUGUGGCAAAGAUCAAACGAGUGGAACACAUUUUAGUGGUGAAUAUUCUGGGAUUGCUGGCAUUGGACGUAGACGAAUGAGUGGUGGAUAUUCUUUACCAACGCAAUUUGAGGCGGACAUAAUGUCCAUGUGUCUACCGCGAUUUUUUUCCGAGAAAGGAUCGUCAAUUAGCUUCCACAAAACGUCCUUUAAAAAAACAACAUCAGCAGAGCUAUUACCAAAUUUUGCAUUCCCUUCAUUUUAUUUCGUCAACCUGUAUAAAGUUUUUAUAAACGAUAAGGAAAUUCCACUAAACCCAUCAUUGUGGAAUUUUAGAUAUGACAUGACUGGUGGGGUCAUUGUUGAUACAGGAACAACUUUUACCCUUUUUCCUCAAGAUUUUUAUACUGAAUUUCGUUACAUAUUUAGACAGGAAGUACAAGAUAUUCCUAUGGAUGCUCCAUUUGGAGCUUUUGACACUUGCUAUGAAGCGGAUCCAAGUGGUCCUGAACCAAAAUUUCCCGUUGUGAAGUUGUACUUUGGCAGGCAAGACCCGAAUAACUUAUUGCUGCUCACACAAGAUCGGGUUGUGCUGCACAUUAGAGGGAAAUAUUGCUUGGCUUUUCUAGGAUGGCAUCUAUCAGUCACAAUUUUAGGAAGUAAUCAACUCCAAGGUGUAGGAUUAACUUUUGAUACUUCAGCAAAUACUUUGUCCUUUGACUUGGAUGCAUGUGAUUGA